AUGCCUCCCAGCACCUACAAGAGGCACGCUGAGAAGCGAGCCGUGCCACGCUCAGCCUCGUCAGCGCGGGGACACGGGAGAUGCAGUGACAGCAGCUUCUCCGUGUGUCUCAGCGGGCGCUGGCAGUGUAGGUUGCUCUCAGGUUUGCUGACACCCUGGUACUGUGCUUUGCUUGCUUCAAAACGCUGCGAUGACUGGGGCGUGGACACCAUGAAGCAGAUCCAGAUUUAUGAUGGGGAACCUGCCAAGAUCAAAUGCCCACUUUUUGAGACCUUCUUGAAGUACAACUACAGCACAGCCCAUUCUGCUGGCUUAACUCUGAUCUGGUACAGGAUCGGGCAGGACCGGGAUCUGGAGGAGCCCAUUAAUUUUCGUCUCCCGGACAAUCACAUCAGUAAGGAGAAAGACACCCUUUGGUUUUGGCCUGCUCUUCUCAAUGACACCGGGAAUUAUACAUGCAUGCUCAGAAAUACAACCUACUGCAGCAAAGUUGCAUUUCCCUUGGAGGUUGUUCCAAAAGACCAACACUCCUGUGUGAGCCGUUCCAUAAAACCCAUUGAGGAGUUGUUCUACUUGGAGCAUGCCAAUGAGAAGAUCGUAUGUCCAGAUAUUGAUGGGUUUUACCCUGCUAGUGUUACACCAACUGUCAAGUGGUACUUGAACUGCAGCUUGGUGGAUGCCUUCAGUGAACGAUACCCCCAGGGAACCAGGCUUGUCAUCCACAUUGUGCGGAGCGCGUAUAAAGGGAAUUACACUUGUGUUGUGACAUUCAAGGACCAUGGAAGAACCUAUAAUCUCACCAGAACCAUAAAGAUGAAGGUGGUGGGAUCUCCGAACAGGGCCUUGCCACCACAAUUCACCUCUCCGAUUGAGGAAAUUGUCUACGAAGUGGAAGCAGGAGAGGACCUUGUUCUGCCCUGCGAGGUCUUCUUCACCUUCUUGAAGGACUCCCGGACUGAGGUGUGGUGGACCAUAGAUGGUAAAAACACAGAUGACAUCACAGACUCCAAGAUAAAAGUGACACACAGAGAUUUUGAAGACAAAACUAUCAUAAGGACUCUAACAGUUGCAAAAGCCACAGCAGAAGACUUGAAACGGAAUUAUACUUGCUAUGCCAGAAACGCCAAAGGCGAGGAUCAUAGCCAAGCCAUAGUGCGCAUGAAAGUUGUAGCACCGAAGUACACCGUGGAGCUGGCCUGUGGACUGGGGGCAACCAUCCUGCUCAUUGUGGUGCUGAUAGUCAUCUAUCACGUUUAUUGGCUUGAAAUGGUCCUCUUCUAUCGGGCUCAUUUUGGAACAGAUGAAACCGUCCUAGACGGGAAGGAGUACGAUGUGUACGUGUCCUACGCACGCAAUGCGGAGGAGGAGGAAUUUGUGCUGCUGACGCUGAGGGGAGUCUUGGAGAAUGAGUUUGGGUACAAGCUGUGUAUCUUCGACAGAGACAGCCUACCUGGGGGAAAUACCACCGAAGCCGUUUUCGACUUCAUCCAGAGGAGCCGCAGGAUGAUUGUGGUCCUGAGUCCUGAUUACUUGACGGAGAAGAGCAUCAGCCUCCUGGAGUUCAAGCUGGGCAUCAUGUGCCAGAACGCCAUCGCCACCAAGCUCAUUGUGGUUGAGUACAGGCCGCUGCAGUGCACCCACCCCAGCAUCCUCCAGCUGAAGGAAUCCGUCUCCUUCGUCACCUGGAAGGGGGAGAAGUCCAAGCGCUCCGGCUCCCAGUUCUGGAAGGCUUUGCGGCUCAAAAGGAGCAGCAUGACCGCCGGCACCGGCUGGAACGAGAGCUGCUCCUCCCAGUCGGACAUUAGCCUGGAUCCCAUCCAGAGGAGAAGGAGCCGGUUGAAAGGGCAGCCCGACCCACGGGGCGCCCCAGCUGGGAUUUUCGUUCCCGGAGGGGUGGUCCCAGCCCCCGAAUCAAAGGCCAAACACCGAGCCAAGCACUUCUUGACGUGCCGGUGUUGUGGGACCUAUUGCGAUGGUGGCAGCAGACUCAAGCGCAAGCACCGGGCUGUGGCUGAGCCCAGGUGGGACCCUCAUCUCUGCAAGCCGGGCUCGGGCAGGCCCAUG